AUGACGGCAUCCCCUCCUACUCGCUCGACUCCACCCUUAACCCAGCAAGAGAGACCCGAAAGCCCUGCCUCGACGCAUCCAACAUCUCGGACUAUGCAAAGGGCCGUUCCCGAGCCUCCCAAGUCCUCGCCGCACACCAUGUCGCGUACCGAGCCAAGGCCUGUACAUGGGGUCGACGAUCCAGAUCACACAUCUCGACACGAUGAAUAUGAGGUUGUGGAGGCUGAGGAUGAUGAAGCUGGGGUGGAGGAGGCUCCUCGACGCCACGUACGGCCGCCUUUACCUCGUCUGAACUCGUCCUCACGAGCACCUCCCUCGCCGGCUCCUCGGGCUGAUGCUUCUCCUCCGCAACAAACCCCUAGUCGAAGUAGCAACACGAACACCCCACAGCCGCAAAAGGGCGGGCCCUUUCAUUUACAGGGCUCGCGGGAGAUACCCAUCCCGAUGCGGCCGGCGUCAACACAUGCUCAGUCCGCACCCAACGCAGCAGCAACACCGUCGUCGGCAGACACUGCGAACAGCCGCACAGAUGAGGGUUCACAACCUUCGCAAGAGUCCCAAAACACGUCGGCUGGGUCGCCAAGAUCACAGUCCAAGGACUCUUCUGGAGGCAAGAAUGCCCCGAUUCACAUACCAAAGGUUACGCCCAUAGCAUCUGGCCUGACGAUACCCCCAAACCUUGCUGAACUGGCACAGGGUUUGGAGGGGAAGUAUGUCGACGAAUUUGGGAACAUCUUAGAUUGGAACGGCCAGGUUCUGGGUCGUGUCGAGGGCGACCUCCCUUCCAUGAUAGGAAGACCCGUCUCGGUGACUGGAGAGAUCUUCAGCGAGGACGGCGAGGUCGUUGGCUACGUCGCAGAGAACGACACUAUCCCUCCUGCGCCCCCGUCUCCCAAGCCCAUUGAAGGUAUGGGCGACGGGCUAAAGGUCGACCACAUGGGCAAUAUCCUCGAUCGUAACAACAACGUCAUCGGUCACUUUGACGGCGCUCAUCUGGCAAACUCUCUGCAAAAGACAGGCCAGUCAGGCAACAAUAACUCUGGGCAGUCAAGUGGUGCUCGCCCAACAAACAGCAACCCUCAGGCAAACCAAAACUGUAGCUGUGGUCGACCUAAACCGUCUUCAGCACCCAGUCCGUCUGAGGUUUUCCUUGAUGUCAAGUCGACAAACGACGGCAUCCAGCUUAUUAUCAAGAUACCAACGGUGUUUAACGGUGGCGGAAACCCAAAUAUCCAUAUUGGAACUGGAUGA